AUGGCGGCGGAUUUUAGUUUGGUCGAGCUGGCAGCUCUUGCAGAUGAUGACGAUUUAAUGUUGUACGCAUUAGAUAAAACUCUAAUUACAUGUACUGUUGAAUCAACCUUUGAUCCUCAGUUCGAACGAUUUAACAUCAACAAGUAUAAUGAUGAGCAGUGUAAAGCUAUGUUCAGGUUCACUAAAGCUGACAUUAGCCAACUCGCCGAUGCGCUUGUAAUUCCACCUGUCUACAAAUGUAAACAUGGGUGUAUUGCGAGUGGGCAUGAUGGUUUAUGCAUGCUUUUGAGGAGACUGGUCUAUCCCAACCGACUUCUUGAGCUUGAGCGGGAAUUCGGAAGGCCCAAAAGUGUUCUUUCCGAAAUCAUCACUACUGUUCUCGAAGACAUCUAUUUGCGAUUCCACACUAAGUUUUCCAGUCUUGAACAACCAUGGAUGGGCAGAGACCAACUCCACGAAUUUGCAAACGCUGUGCAUGAGAAGGGAGCACCUCUAUCGAACUGUUGGGGGUUCAUAGAUGGAACGCCUAGACAAAUCUGUCGACCCAAAUACAAUCAGCGAGCCUGUUUCAGUGGCCACAAAAUAUAUCAUUGCAUCAAGUUUCAAUCAGUAGUGGCACCAAAUGGGUUGAUUGCUAACCUCUUUGGUCCAGUAGAAGGCAGGCGUCACGACUCAGCUAUGCUUAGGAUGAGCAAUCUGAUCCAGGACCUCGAAGAAGUGGAUUUCCGGAUGAACGAUGAGGACAGGACACCAAUGUGUGUGCAUGGGGAUCCUGCAUAUCCCCUAAGAGAUCAAUUGAUUGGGCCAUUUAGGGGAGCUGUGCUGACUGAUGACCAGAAGAGAUUCAAUAAACGAAUGAGUUCGGUGAGAGAGAGCGUCGAAUGGCAAUUUGGCAAGAUAGUCAAAGAUUUUGCCUUCCUUGACUUCGAGAAAAAUUUAAAACUCUAUCUUCAACCUGUUGAGAAAUUGUAUAUAGUGGGGGCGCUGCUGGCGAACUGUCAUACAUGCAUAUAUGGAUCCCAAACUGGACUCUUCUUUGGUAUGGAGCCACCUCCACUAGAAGACUACUUGUCUCUUCAAUAG